AAACAAGCGAGGUAACUCUUUGCAACUCCUGGCGCUGCGAACCCUUGAGGCUGACGUCAUAAGACAUCCAGAACAACCUCGUGUAAGAUGGCCGACACUAAAUUAUACGAUUUACUAGGCGUUAACAGAGGGGCUUCUGACGGUGAAAUCAAAAAGGCCUAUCGAAAGCUUGCCAAGGAAUUUCAUCCAGACAAGAAUCCAGCAGCAGGAGAAAAGUUUAAAGAGAUAAGCUAUGCUUAUGAAGUGUUAUCCGACCCAGAAAAAAAAGAUCUCUAUGACCGAUAUGGUCUGGAAGGAAUAAAAGAAGGAGGCAGCCAUGGUGGGGGUUUCGGCGGGGCUAGCAUGUUUGAGGAUAUAUUUGGAGGCUUUUUUGGUUUUCCUGGAAUGGGUGGCAGUGGGCGCAAUCGUAGACGAAGAGGAGAGGACACCUUUCAUCCUUUACGGGUAUCUUUGGAAGAUUUAUACAAUGGCAAAACCUCGAAACUUCAGCUGAGCAAAACUGUGAUCUGCAAAAAAUGUAGUGGAGCUGGCGGUAGGCCAGGAGCAACUGUAAGAUGUCGGGUCUGCAAUGGCAGAGGUGUAAAAGUCACUCUACGACAGCUGGGACCUGGUAUGGUGCAGCAGAUGCAGUCUAUAUGUCCUGACUGCCAUGGAGAGGGUGAGACUAUCAAUGAGAAAGACAGGUGCAAGGAAUGCAAGGGGAAAAAGACUGUCAGUGAAACCAAAAUCUUGGAAGUACAUGUGGACAAAGGGAUGACAAAUGAACAGAAGAUACCUUUUCGUGGCGAGGGAGAUCAGUUACCUGACAUGGAGCCUGGUGAUGUCAUAAUAGUACUACAGCAAAAAGAACAUGACCUGUUUACACGCAGCCAUAAUGACCUGUACAUGACCCACUCCAUUGGUCUGGCUGAGGCCCUUUGUGGCUUCCAGUUCGUUAUCAAGCACCUUGAUGGUCGUGACCUUGUGGUUUCCAACCCUCCUGGUGAAGUGGUUCAUCCAGGCAUGAUGAAGACAGUCCUGGGAGAAGGCAUGCCAAUAUACAGAAACCCCUUUGAAAGGGGUAACCUUUACAUCAAAUUUGAGGUCGCUUUUCCUCCCAACAAUUUUGUAGAUGAAGCACACCUUAAGACUCUGGAGACUAUUCUGCCGGACCGUCCAGUUGUGGAGAUUCCUGAGGGAGAGCAUGUAGAGGAGGUGAAUCUAGUGGAUUAUGAGGAGACUCGGUCUGCUACAGGAGGACGUCCAUUUGAGGCAUACCAUGAAGACGAAGAUGAUGGCAGUGGAGCAGGCCCCCGAGUGCAGUGCGCUCACCAGUAGCAGUUUUAAAAUAGCAUCAUCAGCAUUUAAGUGUUCGCGAUGAAACCUGUCUACAACAGGCUUCUAAUUUUUUGUUUUGAACUGAUCUAUAUAUUUUCAUUAAAAAAAAUUCCAGGGUUUGUAGUGUGAAAAAGAAGAAUUAGUAAACCUUGGCCAAGAUUCAUAAAAACUUCUUUCAUGAUUUUUGAGGCAGCAGGAGAAAUUUUUGAGUUUUUUUUUUUUUUUUUGUCUUUGUUUGGUCUCUUUAUGUAUAGGACAUUAGUAUGGGAGAAAAUUAGAUCAAGGAAAGCUAUUAUGGAAUUUUUGAAGAUUCAACAGAAGAAUAAAAGUUUCUAGGAUGACGAAGAAAGUGCCCACAUUACAUGAGCUUGGAACAGAUAUUUUUCUAAGCAAAGCUCUAAUGUGUAUAGUCAGCACAUGCAAGCAUCUGUGCAUGCAUGCUCACACAUUUCCCACUUUAAAUUUGUCACUCAGGAUCUGCUAUUUUAAAUACCGAGGUGCUUGUCAUGAAAGAAAUGUAAAAGUGAAUGGUUUUUGAGUGACUUGUUAUGGGUGUUUGGAAUGUAUAUUGGUAUCAAGUACCAAGCAUCCACGCCUAGCAAUGUGGAUCCAUCACUUUAAGCAGGCUCAGAGCCAAGCCUCACCACUCACAAUAUGCAGGCCCCUCUCCUCAUUUCAUUUUCUUGGUCAAUAAACUUUGUCCUUUAAGAUUGCUAGCAGGUAUUUUUGCUGUUGUUUCUUUCCCAAGAUCAUUUCUAGCUAACAUGUUUUGGGGAAAGAUCUGUUAAGAUAUCUUUAGAUGCCUAAUUUCAGACACAAAUAUUUGGCUUGUGUUUUGUCUUUAUUAUUUUCCCCAGUAUAAUUAUACAGAUUUUAAAUAUCAGAGUCCUUUAUUAGGGGAGGAAAGGGGAUGUAAAGUAUCUUGGCCAUAGUCGAGGAAGUGAUCCCUUGAUAGUUCUUCAUGUCAUUUAUUUGUUAGAAGUUAAUAGUAAAGCUUUUACUCUCAGAAAUUCCUAUUGAUUGCACUUGCGCUUUUUCCUCAGUUCACAGGGAAGCAUACUUUACAAAUGCUGGCAACUUGUUUUUGUAGACUUUGCAGUACAAUACUUUGUAUGAUGCAUCAGGUAAUGCUGCUUGACAUUUGUAAGUUUCAUCCAAUUCAGUAGGAAUGACAUUCACUUUUCUGCUGGAGACAGGUUUCACUGUGUCAAAAUGUUUGUCCUGUUACCAUUCAUCAGAAGAAAGUAGCCCCAUGUAUGAUGUGAGCAUCACGAGGUUGUCCCAUUGUCCACAUCAUCUGCUAUAUUUUUUGUGCUGCUUUUACUGCUUGAUCCUUAUUAACGAUUCAUGAAGAUAUAAACCAUGCAAAUUGUCAUUCAUUUUACAGUGAUUUAAUUAAAAGCAGAUCUUGAUGGU